AUGCCAACAGCAAAUACUUUGCCAGACAGCAAACCCACAGUCCUGAUCGUAGGUGCCGGUAUUGCCGGUCUUACCUUGGGUAUUCUUCUUGAGAAGGCUGGUGUCCCAUAUGAAAUAUAUGACCGUAUGGCUGAAGUUAAGCCCUUGGCGAAUGUAGCGCCGUUGUUCCAACAAAUUGGUAUUUAUGAUGAUUUGGUUAGGCUUGGGAAGCUCUGCGAUUCAAUUGACCAAUAUAGUGAGGAUCGUAAAUUUGAUUAUUCCAUGGAUAUCAAGGCGACUACCCAGAUGGGAGGAUUUCCAGGAUAUAUUGUCUCUCGUUCGGCAUUUCAUGACUUGUUAUUUCGACAGAUCCCAUCAAACAAAAUCUUUUUAGGGAAGCGAGUCGUGUCCAUAAAACAGAGUCUAGAGAAUGGUGUCCAGCUCCAAUUCUCGGAUAAGACAAUCGCAGAAGGUGAUAUUCUUGUUGGAGCUGACGGCGCUUAUAGUGCUGUCCGACAAAGUCUCUACGACUCAUUAAAGAGCGAAGGACAAUUGCCAGCUUCUGAUGAUGGAGCUUUACCGUUCACUUGUGUUUGUCUUGCGGGACAGACUAAACCAAUGGAUCCUGAAAAAUAUCCAGAACUAGCCGAUCCUAAAUGCCAUUUCACCUCGGUCAUUGGAGAUAACAAACCCUAUUCUGUGGAAGAUUUUCACGGUCAAAGUGAAAGCUCCAAAAGCCAUGAUAGUUUCCGAAACUCGGAAUGGGGUCCUGAAGCUGCAAUUGCAAUGUGUAAAGAGGUCCAAGACUUUCCAGUCCCUGGCGGCAAGAAUAAUGACAUGACCAUUGGGGAUCUCAUUGACAGCACGCCACUGAUUUCCAAGGUCAUGUUGGAGGAGAAAGUGUUUGAUACAUGGUAUUCAGAAAGGACGGUUCUGGUUGGGGAUGCCUGCCACAAGAUCCAUCCAGCUAGUGGUGCUGGUGCUAUGAAUGCAAUCCAGGAUGCGGUGGCGCUGGCAAAUUGGAUUAGUGUACUUGAUUCAACAGCAACCAACGAAAUAACAAAAGCUUAUAAAGAGUACAAAGCAGAGCGUUACCCAGUUGCCAAGGCUAGUUUUGCACGAGGACGGAUGUUAUCCAGAGUAACAGAGAAUGGCUUGAGGGCUACGAUUGCUCGCUACCUCACAAAAAAUAUGCCGACCUGCCUUGGGAAUAUUUUGACUAAGCGCGCCAUAGAAUCGCGUCCUCAAGUGUCGUUCUUGCCACUGGUAGAGGACAAAGGGACUGUGCCACCCAAGUACCAACCAAGUCUUCAAAGGACAUUAGAGAUCAGGAAAGCAAGAGAAACCACGGAAGCAAGACAAGCAACCGCGCCUAUAGUGAUUGAAUAUAAGGGUUGUUAA